AAUUUUGAGUCGUGCGCGCUAACGCUCGUUUUCCUCGCUUUUCCGCUCGACAAUUUUCCAACGGCGGCCACAACAAUCACAGGCGACAAGAGCGUGCAAAUCAAAUAGUUGUGUUUUUUGUUUUUCCAACGUUUUACUGCAGUUUCCUUCGCUGUCUGCGAGACGGCGGACUUUCUUGCGGCUUUCGUUUUUCCGUUCGCGUGUGUUUUCUUUCGGUGUUUCUGUGGUGUUUCUUCCGCUGCGAAUACGGCACCCAAAAGGAAAAGCCACGAUAAAAACACAAAGGAAAAAUUGGGAAAACGCGGCGCCGCAACUUUUGCCAAAUUGAUUUUUAUAUUGUGUGAGACGCAGAGUUCUAGCAUUACAUAAAGAAUCAAGCAAGGAGAAGGUGAAACUCGCUAAUUGCCGGCUGAAAAGGGUUAGCAACACACAGGACCAACGGGAUGUAAAGGAUAAGCAAAGCCAACACCACAAGCGAUUGAAAAACGAAGGAGAGAGGCCGCAGGACCACACUUUUCCACACGGCUUCGUUACCCAGGGAGGCAAGGUGAAUCUGUUCCAGCACACGAUGUCAUCGAUCUCCGCUCAGGGCGUGGUCGAGCGAGCAUCCGCGGAGCUGUCCAAGCGGAUCAAUGGCCUGGGCCUGCGCUCCAAGCACCAUCACAGCAGCACUUCCGGUGGUGCUGGUGCUGAAUCUGCAUCCCCGACAGGUGCCACGCCCACACCGGCGGCGUCCAGCGGCAAGACGUCGGUGAUGGAGCGCGUAACGAACGCCCUGUGCGGCGGCGGCAACUCAAAUUCUAACUCAGGAUCGAAUAGCUCCAAUAGCAACAGCACUUCAGCGGCUGCCACCGCUGCCACUUCGCCCGCCAGCAACGCCAAUCCUCCACAGACGCCGGACAAGCCGUCGCGGGGCAGUAGUCCCAGUCCCGGAGGCAUCCCAAUGCCAGGUGGCCAGUCGCAGGUGCAGAACUCCACACACCACCUCCUGCAGCAGCAACAACAGCAGCAACAGCAACAGCAUCUGCAGCUGCAACAGUCGCAGCAGCAACAUCUCCAGCUGCAGGCCUCCACGCUGAUCAACUCCAACCACCAUGUGAUGGUGGGUCCGGCCCCGCCCACUGGCAUGCCACUGGGUGCACCGCCCACGCCCACAGUGAAGUCCAUUGCCAAGCAGAUGAACAUAACCAUACCGGGCGGCGGUGUGAACCCGGGUUCGCCCACCUUCAGCACCAUGGGCAUGGUGGCCGCCCAGAAGGCGGCGGCCAGCGCCGGCGGCACACCGCUGCAGUUGCGCAAACAGCUGCCCAAUCCUCACCUGCACCAUCCGUAUGGCAGCAUGGGCAUCAGCACAGCAUCGCCGCUGAUCAUGCAACACCAGCUCCACCCGCCGCCCAUUCACAGCAUCGAGCAGCUGAUGCUCGACGAUCGCUUUCUCAGCCGCUUCUUCCAGUACUUCUCCCCCUACGAGCGACGCAUCCUCGCCCAGGUGUGCGUCAAGUGGCGGGACACACUGUACCGCAGUCCGCGCUACUGGAGCGGCCUGCUGCCCACACUGCAGUGCCGCGAGCUGCGCCAAAUGCCAGGCUGCGAUCGCGGCAAGCUCUACAACUCGCUCAUCCGUCGUGGAUUCCACGCCCUGGGUCUGGUCGGCGCCUCCGACGAGGACGCCCUGGAUGUGGUCCACUCCUUCCCGCUCGCCUCCAAGCACGUCCACUCGCUCAGCCUGCGCUGCUCCUCCAUCAGCGACCGGGGACUGGAGACGCUGCUCGACCACCUGCAGAGUUUGUUUGAACUGGAGCUGGCUGGCUGCAACGAGGUGACCGAGGCGGGUCUGUGGGCGUGUCUAACGCCCCGCAUCGUGUCCCUGUCCCUGGCGGACUGCAUCAACAUCGCGGACGAGGCGGUGGGCGCGGUGGCCCAGCUCCUGCCCUCCCUCUACGAGUUCUCGCUGCAGGCUUACCACGUCACGGAUGCGGCACUCGGCUACUUCUCGCCCAAACAGAGCCACAGCCUCAGCAUCCUGCGACUGCAGUCCUGCUGGGAACUAACCAACCAUGGCAUCGUUAAUAUCGUGCACUCCCUGCCGCAUCUCACGGUGCUGAGCUUAUCCGGCUGCAGCAAACUGACGGACGACGGAGUGGAGCUGAUUGCCGAGAACCUGCAGAAGCUGCGCGCCCUGGACCUGUCCUGGUGUCCCCGCAUCACGGACGCCUCGCUCGAGUAUAUCGCCUGUGAUCUGAACCAGCUGGAGGAGCUGACGCUGGAUAGAUGUGUGCACAUAACUGACAUUGGCGUGGGUUACAUCUCCACGAUGCUCUCGCUGACCGCCCUCUUCCUGCGCUGGUGCUCCCAGGUGCGGGACUUCGGGCUGCAGCACCUGUGCUCCAUGCGCAACCUGCAGGUGCUUUCCCUGGCCGGCUGUCCGCUGCUCACCUCGUCGGGUCUGUCCAGCCUGAUCCAGCUGAGGCAUCUGCAGGAGCUGGAACUGACCAACUGCCCGGGGGCGUCGCACGAGCUGUUUGACUACCUGAAGGAGCACCUGCCUCGCUGCCUGAUCAUCGAAUAAUCGAUGGGUGGUGAUGAUCGGAUGGACGGAUGGAGGGAUAUGCAUCCCCGGGGAUGUGCUCCCGGAGCACUGAUUUUCGGUUCGAGUAUGCUAAUUUGGUACACCUAACCUCCAGUCGGCAAGUUCCUCGCGUGCUAUGUGACUUUAACUUUCCGUCAACACUGUACUCUAUCCCUUAUAGUUUUAGACUUAUUUUGAUUUCUGCUGUGAUUUGAUACGGAACUUAGUUAAGUUGAUCUGUUUAAGACGAAGAUGUACCACAAAAGACCCGAAGAUGAUAUUUAUUUACAUGCAAUACAAUAUGUCUAAUAUACAUAUACAUAAAUAUAUAUUUAUAUUUAUAAAUAUACAUUAUUUAUAUUAUUGUAGUUUUUAACGAACGUUUUAUUUACUACUCUCGCUGUAUUUAAAUAUGCAGUCUACGUGUAAAAUAUUGAAAAAAAAGAAAUGAAAAAAAUGAAAUGAAAAACAAAACUCAAAAAAUGAAAACCAAACAUUGCGCCCAAAAGACGAACAAACAACAAAUAACAAUUACAAAACAUACCAAGUGAAUCAAAAUAUGCAAUUAAUUACAUUAGUUCAAAGAAGCAAAACAACAAAGGAUGAAUAUUUGAAAAUAUUUACGAGUAUAGCGAAAACGUGCAAAAGUUGCCAUCAGCUUUAGAUUGAAAUUGCAAUUGAAAUUUACAAAUCCUAGACUUUUGCAUACCCUGACCAGUGAAACCUAACUUCGAUUGUACCAUAUGACUACUCUGUAAUUAACUAACUGCUACUGAAAGUAUUUUAAGGUGACAUAAAGUGCACGCUACCGAUGAGGUCAAAAUUUAACAUAAUGUUUAGCAAAUUGUUGUCAAAUUGCAAAAUGCAAUUGCGAACCAUAAACAAUCGACUUCUGGCCGUCACAGAUACUCUAUAUAUCUAGCUUACGUUAUAGAGCCGCUCUCCUCAUUAAAGUAAAGCCCUCACUCAAACCUUAUGUAAAUGCUUUGUUUUUAACUCCAGUGUGAGAGUUUCAUCCCGAACAUUAAGCAAACGGAGAUUGGAAACUGCAGUCUUAAACCAACAAGAACACAACUCUACAAGUACAUGAUAAAAUAAAUAAAUGGUAAAAUGAA